GCUUGAUUGAUCAGCAUGAUUUUUUCUUAAAAUGUUCUAGAUAUAUGUUGAUUGUUGGUGCCGUGUGCAUCCAGUGUUUAAAUACAAUGGACGAAACAGUAGCUUAAUCAUAAACACAAACGUUCUUAUUUAGCAAAGGUUUUAUACAGAGCCAUUAUGUGGAAGAUAAUAGUGCUGUGCGCGAUCGUGGGCCUGACGACAGCCCAGAAAGCUCUUUACAACAAUUACAAGGUCUUCAAGCUGAUUCCCACCACAGAAACACAACUCGAAAUUCUGCAGGAAUUGGAAAAUGCUUAUGAUGGAUUCUCUUUCUGGAAAUCACCGAGUAUGGUGAAUAAACAAGCAGAUCUAAUGGUCGCUCCGCACAAGUUGCCUGAAUUCUACGAGAGGAUGGCUCAGAUCGGUAUACCGUACCAGCUUCAUAUUAACGACGUUCAGAAAUUAAUUGACGGAACAACUCCUCAGCGCCGGUCAAAAGAAUUCGAUAGUAGUUAUCACACUAUCGAGGAGAUCUAUCAGAAACUAGACGACCUGGCUGAGGAAUAUCCCGACAAAGUGGAGGUUGUCAUAGCCGGUAGAACAUAUGAAAACCGCCAGAUCAAAGGCGUAAAGGUUUCCUUUAAAGCUAACAAUCCUGGAAUCUUUAUCGAGGGUGGCAUUCACGCCAGAGAAUGGAUCUCGCCGGCAACUGUCAUGUAUAUCUUGAAUCAAUUGCUGACCAGUAACGACCCGGACGUCAGAGAGCUAGCUGACAGACACGAUUGGUACAUCUUCCCAUCAUUUAAUCCUGACGGUUACGCGUACACGCAUACUACGGACCGAUUGUGGAGAAAGACGCGUAAACCAUACGGUAUCUUUUGCCGUGGCAGCGAUCCUAACAGGAACUGGGGCUACAAAUGGAACACUGGAGGUGCCAGCAGUAAUCCAUGCUCUGAAACUUAUGCCGGAAGUGCGCCGUUCUCCGACAUAGAGACGAAGAGCGCGUCCGAAUACAUCGAAACUAUUGCCGACAAGUUUUAUGCAUACAUAUCAUUCCACAGUUUUUCGCAGCUAUUGAUGUUCCCAUACGGACAUACGCCGGAUCACCUUGACAACUACGAGGAAAUGUUGGCUAUCGGUACGGCAGCGAUUAACGCUCUCAAACAGAGAUACGGAACUUCAUAUGAAACCGGAAAUAUUGCUGAGACGAUCUAUAUAGCUUCCGGGAGCACUUGCGAUUAUAUCAAAGGCACUUAUGGUUUACCCUUGUCUUACACCUACGAAUUGCGUGAUCAAGGAUAUUACGGCUUCUUAUUACCGCCUGAUCAAAUUAUUCCUACUGGAGAAGAGACUCUGGAUUCUCUCGUAGGAAUGUUUAAAGAGGCAAAAGCACGUGGACUUCCAAAAAAUGUUUAAAGCUGGUUAAUUUAUUGUAAAUAUUUUACUCUAUUAAGAAAUAUAUGAUAUGAUUUUAUUUGACAAAUUACAA